AUGAGGAAGUCGGAAGAGCAGACGGUGGGGGAGAGCGGCGGUGCUGAACUUCGGAAGGGGUUGUGGUCGGCUGAGGAGGACGAGAAGCUGAUGAGGUACAUGGCCAAUGGGGGGCAGGGGUUGUGCUGGAGCGAUGUCGCCAGGAACGCUGGGUUGCAGAGGUGCGGGAAGAGCUGCCGGCUCCGGUGGAUCAACUACCUCAGGCCCGACCUCAAGCGGGGGGCUUUUUCUCCUCUGGAGGAAGAGCUUAUCGUCCACCUGCAUUCGCUUGUGGGCAACAGGUGAUCUCUCUGUCUCCUGUCUGUCUGCCUCUCUCUCUCUAUCUCUAUCUCAAGUCUGACUCUCUCUCUCUCCCUCCCUCUCUCUCUUUCUCUCUCCCCCUCCCUCUCUCUCUCUCUCCCUCCCUCCCUCUCUCUCUUUCCCUCCCUCCCUCCCUCCCUCCCUCUCUCUCUCUCUCUCUCUCCCUCUCCCUCCCUCUCUCUCUCUCUCUCUCUCUCUCUCCCCCUCUCUCUCUCCCCCCCCCUCUUCUCUCUCUCUCUCUCUCUAACGCAGUCUCUGUCCAUCUACUUCUAUACUUGAACCUUGAGAUAUUAUAUCCGUCUCCGAGAGGGGGGAGAGAGAGAGAGGAACCAUGCAAUACGUUUCUGUGCCUCCAUCCGUCUCAUUGCUAAGAGAUCUACGUCUACUGUAUAAGAAAUUCUUAGCUCAGAUUCGUCCCUAGAUAUAUAUGCACCUAUGUUCAGAGAGAGACCACGAGAGAAGUUAAGUGAGAAAAAGAAUGGCCGUGCUCGCACUUCUGCGCUUCCAUCCUUCAAAAAGGGAGAAGCCUGAGGCCUCUAUCUCCACCGUCUUCUCUGAAACUAAAUUCCUUCCGCAAAACCAUCUAGGUGGUCUCAGAUCGCCGCCCGCCUUCCCGGCAGAACUGACAACGAGGUCAAGAACUUCUGGAACUCCACCAUCAAGAAGAGACUGAAGACCACCUCCUCGUCGGCGCCGUCGCCGCCGCCACCAGCAUCAGCGCUGCCUGCAGUUACUCAAGUCCCCGGCCGGUGCAACCCGCCUCCUCCUCCUGGCUACUUUGUCGCGCCGCCAUUGCCCUCCCAAGCAGGUCUUCAAGGAGACGGAAGAGGAAUUUUUGCGCCGCCGUCGGAGAGUCUGAGCUCGGAAGAGAACCUUAAUGGGGGAAGCUCUCACGGGAGCUAUUACAGUGCGCUGGAAGGGAUCGAAUAUCAUGGAAACGGCUACGAAGAGGGUUUCGAUGGGAAUUUAUUGGGUGAAGAGGGGAUGAGGAUGGGCGAGUGGAGCUUGGGAGAUCUCAUGGAGGACGUCGCUUCCUUCCCUUUCAUUGAUUUCUAG